AAUAUCUCCUCAACUCCAAUGGACCGAUAAUUACCUACACACCUUUCUACACCCUGGACAUCUACUCUACGAUCCAGAAAACACUAUCCCGUACAAUGACAACCACGACAUUCGUUCUUCCGGGGGAAGACAUACCCUCCUCUCUCCUGCCCACACCAUCAACCGGUUCCUCUGCAGCUCCGCUCAAGCUGGGCCCUGGACUCGCACAUAUCCCACCCGACACAAUCACGCCCGUUGUUGCAGGAAACUUGUGUACCGAUGCGCGGAAGAAUGCGAUCUGGGUAGAAAAUCCCGGUGGAAGGUACAUCCCCGCCGCAUCCGACCUCGUCAUCGCCACCGUGCACCACAGCAGCAUGGACUUCUACCACUGCACUUUAUCCCCCUUCUCCUCAUUGGCACAACUGCCCCAGCUGUCCUUCGAAGGGGCCACCAAAAAGACACGCCCCAUCCUUGCGCCGGGAGCGGUCGUGUACGCCCGCGUCUCACUCGCCAACAAACACAUGGAUCCCGAGAUCGAAUGCGUGCACCCGAGCACGGGCAAGUCCGAGGGCCUGGGCGAAUUAAAGGGCGGCAUGGUGUUUGACAUUUCGCUCUCGAUGGCGCGGCGGCUGAUGAUGCCCCGGCCGCGCGAGCAAGGGAGGGUCGUGGUGCUGGAGGAGCUGGCGGAGCGGAUACCGUUUGAGAUUGCGGUGGGCAGGAACGGCAAAGUGUGGGUGGAUAGCGAGUCGGUCAGGGGGACGUUGGCGGUCGGAAGGGCGAUUCAGGAGACGGAUCGCAGGGGGUUGGGUGUGGAUGAGCAGGUCAAGUUGGUGAAGAACCUGGUCAAGGGGCUGUAGGUUUGUUAUGGCGAGGAAGGGAGCGGGAUAAGAGAAUGGGAUGGGAGAAGAGGAAAAGAAAGGAGGCAGGGAAGGGAAGGGGUGAGAUGGAAGGUGGACAAAAAGGAAAUGCAUGGAAUGGCGUUCUGGUGUUUGAGUAUCUGAAAAAAAGAUUUACUCUUCGGGAUAACGGGAUGAGUUGUUUUUGGGAAUAGAAUCGUCUAGAGUCAAAGACACUGAAUGGAUUUUGACAGUACAGCACAUGUCGAGAUGAAUAGAGAUAGAUAUGGAUUGAUAUGUCAACGUGAAUGGCCG